AUGAGGAAAUUUUUGGUUGCUAGAGAAAAUAUUGAGAAUGUGAAUGUUGUGCAAUUGGAAGUCGAAUUAGAACCACCAUCUAAUGUGGUUAAUGAGUUUAAUCCAAAUGAGAUUGUGCGAGAUCCAGGUCAUAGGAAACAAAUUAAUGAGUAUGCUCCGGAUAUUCAAGACCAAGUGAGGAGGGCAUAUAUAUUGAAGGGUCCAAUGCAACCAGAUUUGCCAAGCUUUCCUCGUACUACAUUUGGGAGUGUUAAAAGAUCAUUUAGUAAAUCAUGGUAUAAGAAUUAUACAUGGUUAGAAUACAGUGAGAUAAAGGAUGCAGCUUAUUGUUUUUAUUGUUUUCUCUUUAAGAAACCCGGGAGGGCCGAGCACUUUGGUUUUGAAGUCUUCACUAAAAGUGGAUAUAGAGAUUGGAAGCAUGCAUCUCAAGGCUUGAAAGGUCACGUUGGUAGUCAUAAUAGUUUGCAUAACUCAUGUGUCAAGCACUAUGAUGAUUAUAAUAAUCAAAGACAAAGUGUGACAAGUAAGUUUGCUAAAGCAACCAAGGAAUCAGAAGAAUUAUAUAAGAUUCGUUUGACUUGUUCUUUAGAUUGUUCAAGAUAUCUCAUAGCACAAGGCAUCGCUUUUCGUGGCCAUGAUGAAUCCUCUACUUCUCUAAAUAAGGGUAAUUUUAGAGAGAUGGUAGAUUGGGAGCUUGCAACAUGUUGUGCACAUGAAGUUACCAAGGUGAUUAUGGAAGAGCUUGGUGAUAGACAAUUCUCCGUGCUUAUUGACGAGUCACGUGAUAUAUCCGUCAAAGAGCAAAUGACGGUGAUGUUGAGAUUUUUGAAUGACAAAGGAAAUGUUGUGGAACGAUUUAUUUCUCUACAUCAUGUCAAAGAUACUACAUCUGAGUCAUUAAAGAAUGCUCUUUAUGGUAUUCUUGAUAAGUACACGUUAUCGAUUUCAAGGAUACGAGGGCAAGGAUAUGAUGGAGCUUCAAAUAUGAGAGGUGAAUUUAAUGGUUUGCAAAGAAAAAUUCUAGAUGAAAAUCCUUAUGCUUUCUAUGUUCAUUGUUAUGCUCACCGCUUGCAAUUAGUUGUUGUGUCUGUUACUAGUAGUUGCUCAUCUAUUCAUGAUUUCUUUGAGUACAUCUCCUUGAUUGUGACCACAACAAGUGCAUCUUGUAAGAGGAGGGAUGCUUUGAUAGAGACACAACACCAAGAUAUUUUAAAUAAACUUGAGAGUGGUGAGAUAUCUAGAGGAAAGGGCUUGCACCAAUCAUCUAAUCUCACAAGACCUGGGGAUACUAGAUAG